CUAAGCAGUAUAGGCUGCAUUCCGCUGAUCCAGUAAUUUACCUAUGUCUUGUGGCGCCUGAGCAAAGUUACUGCAUGUGCUCUCGCAUGGCGCUAGCUAGCUGACCGACUGGUUUGCUUGUCGCUUGGCAAUUCACAGGCUUAAUGGACACAUUUGAUGCGAAUGCUUUAGGCUCUUCUCAACAAACAGGUCCGGGUGCGGAGCAGGUCCAUGGCGAGUCGCUGGGCGAGGCUCGCGGUACCGACUCAGUAUUUCCAUCGAUGAGCCACAUGGAAGCUACAGCUGGUGUCUUGCUAGUCAAUUCGGGAACACGGGACCCCGCAGCGCGCGUAUUUGCGAGGGUGGCCUCCGUAAGCCAAGGCAGCGAUACUGUCGCCCAGGCGGAGCAGGACCCCACGGAGCUCGCGGCCAUGAAUGUUGCAAAGGAGCGCGGCAACGGACUCUACAGCGCACAGCAGUAUGGUGAAGCGGCUGCGGCUUACACGGAGGCGCUACGGCUAGCUCGCGAGCCGGGUCACGUGGCAGCACUGCUCAGCGAGCGCAGCGCCGCGUACGCCAGCCUGAGUCGCUCCUACCUUCAGCGCCCCGCCCGCCGCAGCGAGGGUGCCGCGCUGUUCGACCUGGACCCCGCCUGCCUGGCGCAGAUGGCGCUGCGGGAUGCGGAGCGGGCGGUGCGGCUGAGGCCGGAGUGGGGGGAGGCGCAUGGCAGGAAGGCCGACGCGCUUUUCCUGCUGGAGCGCUACUACGAGGCGCGGGAGGCGUACCUGUCGGGGCUGGAGCGGGAGCCGACCCACGGGUCACUACAGGCGGGCUUGCGUCAGGUGCACGAACUCCUGUCCGGCUACCCAUCCGACCCCACCUCCACCUCUCCCGCCGCCGCCGCCGCCUCCCCUCCCAGCGUCUCCCCUCCCAACGGCAUCAGCUGCCCCAACCCUGCAACCCCCAACACCAUCACCACCCCCAAGCGCCGGCGCAUGAUAGCGGUGAUGGCGGCGGCUGCUGACGCUCCUCAAGGCCAGCAGCAGCAGCAGCAGGCGAUGUUGGAGGAGUGGGACUGCGGGCUGUGCUGCGGGUUACUGUACAACCCCGUCACCACCCCCUGCGGUCACAGCUUCUGCCGGGGCUGUCUGGCCCGGGCACUCGACCACCAGUCGCGUUGCCCCUACUGCAGGACGGUUCUCCACAUGUCGUGCGGCGCCCCGCUGCACCUCUCCGUCACCCUGGCCGCCCUGCUGGCCCGCGCCUUCCCCGAGGAGUACCAACAGCGGCGGCGGGAGGAGGAGGGGGAGGAGCAGGAGGAGCAGGAGCAGGAGGGAAUGGGGAUGGCGACAUUCGGGACGACGCAGCGGGAUACAGCGGCCGCAGCAGCUGGGGGUAAUGGCGCCGCAGCCGUACCAGCCACCCCUGCGGGUCCCAACCCUGUUGCUGCUGCUGCUGCUUCUCCCGCCCAACCAACCAACCCACCUUCCAACAACGCGCUGCUUUCCCCAACGCCGCCGCCCUCCUCCUCGCCGCCCUCCUCCUCCUCGCCCUCCGCGCUGCUCCCCCUGUUUGUGAUGUCCCUGGUGAUGCCGGGGGAGGGUCUGGCGCUCAACAUCUUCGAGCCGCGCUACCGGCUGCUGGUACGGCGCUGCAUGGAGGGGGGCAGGCGGCUGGGGCUGGCGCAGGCCCGGCGGGACCGGCAAGGGGUGGAGGAGGUGGCGGUGGAGGCGGAGAUCCUGGAGUGUCAGCCGCAGCCCGACGGUCGCUACUAUCUGGAGGUGGUGGGGCGGCGGCGGGUGGCGGUGGGGGCGCUGGGGGAGCUGGACGGGUACCGGGUGGCUCGGUGCAUGGAGAUGAGGGACGAGGUCCCCGCCCCCGGCAGUCCCGAGGCGCUGCGGGUUUCGGAGCUGGCGGAGCGGUUGGAGACUCAGUUGGAUGCCGUACUGGCACGGUUACGGCAGUUGGCAACAGGAGGGGGAGGGGGAGGGGGGUACGGUGGAGGGCGGUUGGCUGCGCAUGCUCGGGCGGUGUUGGGGGGAGUGGGUGCGGAGCGGCCGCCGAGGGAGGCGGUGGAGCGGUGGAGUAUGUGGGCGGCCUCCCUGCUCUGCCAGCUGCUCCCCGAGUUGGACCGCCUGCCCCUCCUGCUCACCCGGGACACGGGGGAGCGGCUGGGCAGGUUGUGGGCGGCGGUGGAGGCGAGGAGGGUGGUGGAGAUUGGGGCAGACGCAGCAGCAGGGGCAGGAGGAGGGGCAGGAGGAGGGGCGGCGUGUGUGGUGAUGUGAAGCAAAACAGAGCGGAGCGUGGUUGGUGGGUGACGGUUGGUGGGUAGAGUUGUGGGACACAGGGGCUGCUCGUUGUUGCUGUCAUGCAUGCUGUUGGUUAGCUGAGUGUGUCGUACUGUCGUACAGUUGCGAGCACAACAACACACGCCGUUAGUUGUUGUGCGCAAGAGGGGCGGGGGCGGGGGCAGCAUUAACGACGUGGUAAGGUAUUGGUGGAGUUAUCGUGGGGAGAAGGGGCCGACCUGCGUUGGCUGGCUGCGUUCAUUGCUGUUAUUGUGGAUUGGCGCUCAUGUAAUGAUGUACUGGGUAUUGUGUCAUGACAGUCAAUGACGCCGGACGCCUGGCACCCGAUAUCGUAAAGUAACCAAGGAACUGCGAAUGGCUCAUUAAGAUAGUUAUAGUCCAGCCAGCAGUAUCGACAGUUCACACGAACUCAGUAAACGCAGUAAUCGUACCGCCAAGCGAUGUGUGGGGAGGAGGGGGGCCGAGGAGAGGGG